UUUGUGCUACUGGCUAGCUUGCUUAGCAAGGGGUCUCCAUCAGCAGGAGGCGGAGAAAGACAGCGGGCAAACAGAGAGAGCAGUCGAAUCAAGAGACUGAACCUUACCUGGAGAACCGGGGGGCUCUUCCACACAGGAAACAGUUAUUAGAAAGGCUGUACAAUGUCCGAUUUUGACAGCAACCCGUUCGCAGACCCGGACUUCAGCAAUCCCUUUCAGGAUCCCUCAGUGACUCAGGUGACCCGGUCUGCCCCUCCUGGUGGUCUGGAGGAGUAUAAUCCCUUCACAGAUGCCAAAACGGCGGCCCCUGGGAAUGCUCCCAAAGCGACUCCUGUACCUUCCCAGCAGAACACACAACCUGCCAUCAUGAAACCCACAGAGGAGCCGCCAGCCUACUCACAGCAACAGAGUCAGCGGCGCAAUGAGGACCAAGCACGUGUUCAGGCGGAGUUGUUGAGAAGGCAGGAGGUGCUGGAGAAGAAAGCGGCAGAGCUCGAUCGUCGGGAGAGAGAACUCCAGUCCCACGGAGGAGGGCGUAAGAACAACUGGCCUCCACUGCCAGAGAAGUUCCCUGUUGGUCCAUGUUUCUACCACGACAUUGCAGUGGACAUUCCUGUAGAGUUCCAAAAGACCGUGAAGAUCAUGUACAAGCUUUGGAUGUUCCAUGCAUGCACGCUCUUUGUGAACAUGUUCGGCUGCCUGGCCUGGUUCUGUGUGGAUACAUCUCGCGGUGUAGAUUUUGGCUUGGCCAUGCUAUGGUUCCUGCUGUUCACUCCCUGUUCCUUUGUCUGCUGGUACAGACCGCUUUACGGGGCUUUUAGGAGUGACAGUUCAUUCCGCUUCUUUGUCUUCUUCUUCAUCUAUAUCUGUCAGUUUGGCGUUCACGUUUUACAAAGUAUUGGCAUCGCUGGCUGGGGUACAUGUGGUUGGAUCGCAGCUUUAACUGGUCUGAACAUCAACAUCCCAGUGGGCAUCAUCAUGGUGCUGAUCUCAGCUCUGUUCACUGCGCUGUCCGUGGGAUCACUCAUCAUGUUUAAAAGGGUGCACGCACUGUAUCGUACCACCGGGGCCAGUUUUGAGAAGGCUCAGCAGGAGUUUGCAACUGGGGUCAUGUCUAACAAGACCGUCCAGACCGCGGCCGCCAACGCCGCAGCUAAUGCUGCAACCAAUGCUGCUCGUGGGGCCUUCAAACCUCAGCCAUAAACAGAAGCGCCCACAUACAUGCACACAUGCUCACAAAUACAAGCAUACACUGACACACACAAAUGUUGGAGGUGUACAACUCUGGCCUUGCAGGCUCUCAGAUCAAAUUAAUUCUAUUUCUGAAUGUUGUUAUUCUAAGAUUGGCCUACACACGUUGCUAAAAAAAAAGUAACCAGAGUUGUCCACCUUCACUUAAGAUCCAGUUUUAGUAAAAACUCUCAAGUAGUUGAAUCUUCCACAAAGAGACUCAAGAUGUGCUCUGAGUGUGUGGGAUUUCAUAACUCGCUCCUCUUUCCCCGUCCUCCUGUCCCGUUGAGGUGUUUCUAAGUCAGGCAGAGGUUGCAGUUCUAGUAUACCUUAUUUUUGUCAUGGUGAUGACCUCCAGUCAGCUUCCUGCCUGGUACAUUCAGUAUAGAUUAAUGAAAAGUGAUAAUAUGAUCAGGGUGUUUUGCACAUAGUUCUGUUUUCUUGGUCACAAAAUGAAAGUACAGAGGGUGUUUGUAUGGCUGGGCCUGCGCGUGAAUGUGUACUUCACUUAACGAGAACUCUUUCAUUUAGAUCUGAAAGGUUAAUCAUCCUUGUCCUACAUCUGUGCUUCUAUUCUGAGAUGAAUACACUCCUGGUAAUUCAUAUUAGUAAAAGUAUUUCAGUACUAUUUUAUCUAGGACCUUCCUGCAGCCCUUAGCAGUGACUUAUUUCUGAAAUAUUCCCUGUUUGUGAGCUACUUCAAACACCAAAGUGGGAUAGCUUCAUAAGAUUUGAUGAAGUGAACUGUGAAGUCAGUACAUGUCCCUGUUUGACUGAUUGAUGAUGUUUGGAUCUAUUAGUGAAGACACACUGAACCCCCAGGUCAGCAGGGUCACCAGUUCUCACCACAAACCCAAAAGAGGGUCAGUCAGAUGCUUUCAUGGCCAGCUGUAACUAAAAAAGGACAAACAUGAGAAAUAUCCACUUUUCUUUAUGUACUUUAGGUUUGGCAUUAACAGACUACUGUGUGGCUUCAUCUCAGUUGUUUUUGUAGCACUUCACACUGUUUAAAACUAACGCUGCUAUGAAUCUUGUGCUGUGAUUAUUCUUUUGGAAAAAGACACAUUCAUAGGGAAGACGGAGAGAAGUGAACAGCCUUUCUUUGACGAUGACAUUGGUUUAGAUUUUUCUAGAGAUUAACCUGCAUACAUAAAAAAGUUAAACAUUGAUACUGUGUUUACCUCCACAACAUAGCUAACACUCCAUUUGCUUUUCUAAAGACAAAAGCAGUCAGUCCAGUUGUUUUUCCUCUGGCAUAAGAAGUUUCAUAUCUAAAUUGAACAUUUAGUAAGAGAGGAUUCAGUGGUAUGACUAAAUGAAUUAAUGUAUAUACAAUAAUAACAGUGUUAUUCAGAACUAAGUUGUACAGAAAUAUGGACGUGUGUUAUUUGUCUCGCUUUAGCACCUCGUAGUGGUGGUGAACGUCUGAAGCUGUGCACGAUGACUGGUGAUGCCGGUUUUACAAAUGUAUGGACCGAACAUUAUAGUGGAUGAAAUAAUCCUGUGAAUAGAACCAAGUUGACGAUCAAUGAUUUGUUAGGAAAUCAGCCAACGCCUCGAAAGUAUUGUUUUUGUUUGUUAAUAUUCUUGUUUUAAGUUCAUUGCACUUUCUUGUUUUACGUUGAACUUAGUGCAAAAGACAAGCGUUUUUAUUUAUGGUGUAAUUUAAGUUGUUUGCAUUUUCCAUUUUCCGUUUGGUUUGAUUUUACAUGAUGUGUUAUGUUUGUGUGGUUUUGUAAUGACGUGAUCAUAGCAUCAGCUAGAUUUAAGAGUGUUUAAUGACUUUGCAACUUGACCCUGCAAGAUGUGCUGGAAUGGAUGAGAAUGUGUAGGAUUGGUAUGAAAGGCCCUAAAGUGUUAUUCUGUGCAGAAAAGCUGUGAGAAAUCUACCAAAUGUCCAUAUAGAUUUGUUUUUAAAUCUUGGUUCAGUGUUCCCUUGCCAUAUUUUACUUUAAGAUGUUACUUUUAUUUUGCUUCAAACACCCACAUGAUUCCCAUGUGUCUAAAGUUUUGAAAAGUUGUCAAAUGAAGCCAUGCCACAGAGAGUCAUUUCUUGAUGUAUUUGGGCAAGUUGGUCCGCAGUAUAAACGAUGUAUUUGAAGUUUGCUGACACAUCACUGUUUUUGACCCGUGACCAUGUUAUUUAACUGAAUCAGAGAAGAAACCUAUUCAAAAAGGGACACUUGUAUAUUUUGUAAAGUUGAACAUUUGAUCCCCAUUAUCAAUUACAUGUAAAAAGAAAACGUAAUGCACUCUUGUCUGGCCUUUGUUGCAUGUGAAAUAGUUUGAGUUUUGUAUAUUUAUGGUAUUAACAUGGAAUAAAAUUUGAAAGA